GUCAACAAGUCUUCGCUCUUGCCAUAAGUUUACUUUAAAGUGUUCGCAAUGAAAGCCUGCAUCAUCAUUGCCAGCCUAUUGGCGAUAGCCUUUACGAAUUCAGCUUGGGCGCGCACUCUCGCCGAAACGGAUUCAGCCGAAGUCGCGUUGGAUGGACGCAUCGUUGGUGGUUACACGGUCGACAUCACAGCGCACCCGCAUCAAGUUAGUAUGCGUUAUAAGAGUAUACUAGCAUCGCAGAACAGUUUUACACAUAAUUGUGGCGGCUCCGUUUACAACGAGUACCUGGUCGUGACAGCAGCCCAUUGCGUGAUCGGUAAAGUGGCAAGUCAAUAUCAAAUUGUCGCCGGUGCCAAUGAAAAACGUAGUGUCAACGGUGUAGUUGUGCCUGUCAAGGAGAUCAUUAUGCAUGAACAAUACACUCCAAGCACCUAUGACAAUGAUAUUGCGCUAAUGGUACUCGGUGCACCAUUGCCGAUUAAUAAUGUGACUAUUAAAGCAAUACCGUUGGCGGACAAGCCCUCAGCGAAUGGCGCUAUUUCCGUUGUUACCGGUUGGGGUACGCUCACAGAGGGCGGUGCCAGUCCAGAUCUAUUACAAGAAGUCAAAGUGCCGAUUGUCAGCAACGAGAUAUGUCAGCAGGAUUAUAGGAACUCGCUAAUUUCCGAUGCUAUGUUGUGUGCGGGCGUACGCGGCGUUGGCGGUAAGGAUGCGUGCCAAGGUGAUUCCGGUGGUCCCUUAUUGGUUGACGGCAAGUUGGCCGGUAUAGUGUCAUGGGGCAGUGGCUGUGCAAGGGCAAAUUAUCCAGGCGUUUAUGCCAAUGUAACGCAUUUGCGGUCAUGGUUGGAUGAAAAGAUUGCUGCAGUAGAGUCUACGUUGUUGUACUAAUGUUUCAAAUUUUAUGCUAAUAAAUAGUGCUCUCACGUAUCAAUGUCUUGUGUAA